UUUUUUUUGUAGGUUCACAGUAUUUUUCUUGUUUUCCUGAAUUCUUUAUUUAACCAACUAGACCAUAUUCUUUGGCUACAGGUCAGAUUCCAGGCUGCCUUCCUCAAGAUGAGGAGACACAUAUCAGAGACCCUUCUCUAAGACAGCUCCUGUGUGCAGCAUCUUUCAUGGCUUAGACCUCCAUCUGUCAGAUUAUUAUUUUUUAAAUUGCUGUUAAAAUUAAGCAUUUUACCUAUUCUGUUGGGUGUCAAAGGAAAUUGCUCUUUGAUGAGGCAAGAACAUCUCUCUCCAAUAAUGUAGUAUUAAACAGAGCAAGUUGUUAAUUUGUGGAGUGGGGGAAAGGUUCUGCAAGUUGCCAUUGUAUAAAUCCAUUUUUACAAAUGUUUGCAGCAGAUUCCACAGAACAAAGAGCCCAUUCAUUGCCGAGAGCCCUGCAGAAUCUCUGAGCCAAGUGGCUGUGUGUUCCGAGCCGGAGCCUGACCUGUGGCCCGCCUUUAAUGUCUUCUGCACCCAGUCCUUUUAUGACGUGGGCUUCUUCUAAACAGGGAGAAGAGAAAAAAAUAGACCUAAAUGAAGAGAAACACCAACAAAGGAGGAGAGAGGAGGCCUGCAGAGUCACGUGGGGGCAGAGACCAAUUGGGCCUCUGGUGGCCCCCCCCAGGGCGGGGAGGAGGAGGAGGACGAACGGACAGGGCCAGCUUGCCGACCGCCCGCCGCCCGCAGUGGUGUGAAGGAGUUCCUGCGUGCCCACCGUCAACACUGCCUCACCUGGGCUUCCAGAGCCUCCCCCUGACCCUGGUGCCCACUGUCCACCCUCAUCCGGCUUGAGAACUCUUCUUCCGCUCCAUUGUCCAUGGAAUCUGAUGGAAACUACAGCACUCCAUCUGGAGGGCCGGGCUUUCCUUAUUACAUACGGAGAAACUGAGGCUCAGAUGAAUGAAGUGACUUGCUGGCAAGCCGACCGCAGACUCUGCUCCUCACUCUGCGGGGCGGACGCCGCGGGCAUGGACUAUUCGUACGACGAGGACCUGGAUGAGCUGUGCCCAGUGUGUGGGGACAAAGUGUCCGGAUACCACUACGGGCUGCUCACGUGCGAGAGCUGCAAGGGCUUCUUCAAGCGCACUGUGCAGAACAACAAGCACUACACGUGCACGGAGAGCCAGAGCUGCAAGAUCGACAAGACGCAGCGCAAGCGCUGUCCCUUCUGCCGCUUCCAGAAGUGCCUGACGGUGGGGAUGCGCCUGGAAGCCGUGCGCGCUGACCGUAUGCGGGGCGGCCGGAACAAGUUUGGGCCCAUGUACAAGCGGGACCGGGCCCUGAAGCAGCAGAAGAAGGCACAGAUUCGGGCCAAUGGCUUCAAGCUGGAGACAGGGCCCCCAAUGGGGGUGCCUCCGCCACCCCCUCCCCCACCGGACUACAUGCUGACCCCCAGCCUGCACGCACCUGAGCCUAAGGGCCUGGCCUCUGGUCCACCCACUGGGCCACUGGGCGACUUUGGAGCCUCAGCACUGCCCAUGGCCAUGCCCAGCACCCAUGGGCCACUGGCCGGCUACCUCUACCCUGCCUUCCCUGGCCGUGCCAUUAAGUCUGAGUAUCCAGAACCCUACGCCAGUCCCCCGCAGCCUGGGCCGCCCUAUGGCUACCCAGAGCCCUUCUCUGGAGGGCCCAGUGUGCCCGAGCUCAUCCUACAGCUGCUGCAGCUGGAGCCCGAUGAGGACCAGGUGCGGGCACGCAUCGUAGGCUGCCUGCAGGAACCUGCCAAAGGCCGCCCCGACCAGCCAGCACCCUUCGGCCUCCUGUGCAGGAUGGCUGACCAGACCUUCAUCUCCAUCGUGGACUGGGCUCGCAGAUGUAUGGUGUUCAAGGAGCUGGAGGUGGCUGACCAGAUGACACUGCUGCAGAACUGCUGGAGUGAGCUGCUGGUGUUCGACCACAUCUACCGCCAGGUCCAAUACGGCAAGGAGGGCAGCAUCCUGCUGGUCACCGGCCAGGAGGUGGAGCUGACCACAGUGGCUGCCCAGGCGGGCUCCCUGCUCCAUGGCCUGGUGCUGCGGGCGCAAGAGCUGGUGCUACAGCUGCAUGCACUGCAGCUGGACCGCCAGGAGUUUGUGUGCCUCAAGUUCCUCAUCCUCCUCAGCCUCGAUGUGAAGUUCCUGAACAACCACAGCCUGGUGAAGGACGCUCAGGAGAAGGCCAACGCUGCCCUGCUCGACUACACCCUGUGCCACUACCCACACUGCGGGGACAAGUUCCAGCAGUUGCUGCUGUGCCUGGUGGAGGUGCGGGCCCUGAGCAUGCAGGCCAAGGAGUACCUGUACCAUAAGCACCUGGGCAACGAGAUGCCCCGCAACAACCUGCUCAUCGAGAUGCUGCAGGCCAAGCAGACUUGAGCCCGGGCGGGCCGGGGCAGGCGGGCCGGGAGGGCACGGCUACCCGCCGCCUCUGCAGGGCUUAUUCGGUUAGGCCAACCCAGGAGCCCCAUCCCGUAGGCCCCUGACCCUAAGCUCUGGAGCUGUGUGUUUGGGGUGGUGGGUAAGGACGGGCAGGGCCUGGCUGAGAUGGGGUGGCCCUCACCAGCCACUGGCACUUGCCUGCCACUCAGAGUGCCCCAAGGAGGCGGCUGCUACCCACCCCGCCCUCCCCCUGCUCCCAGCUUCUGUCCUGGAGUCUGAAGUGCUGGCUGUCCAGGGAGGAGGUUCGGGAUUCCCUGGUGGGCCUUGAUGUCCCUCAGGUCAGAGGUCAUUCUUUCCCCCUCUGCCAGAAUCAGAGGCAGGGGGAAAGGCGAGCAGGCAUCAACAGGGAUGGCAGGUGGGGGGUCUCCAAAGCUCCCCCAUAGAGGGGAUAUAAGUCCUCUGAUUUGUAAACUAGGGAUAAUGGAGUUUGCUAAGUUGGGUAGAGGCUGCAGGCCCUAGAGGACACUGGGAGACUGGUUGGGACAAAAGACCUCUCCCCUACCCCUCUACCCAUCUGGCUUCUGCAGGGGAGUCUCUGACCCAUUACUGGAAAAGGAUUUUGUUACAGUUAACCCUCUGACCUUCUUCUGCCAACCCAGGAAGAGUUGGGUAUAGUCAACAGACCAGUCCUGCCCACACCUGGCCAGCCCAGGCUGGUACUAACCUGCAAGGGUGUAGUUAAGAGGGUUUUUCUGUUUUGUUUUUUCCUUCUUUGCUUCUCAAUCUCUUAGACAUUGCUUGAAAGGUGUGUGUGCUGGAAGGCAGGGGACAGAUGUGGGGACUGAGCUAGGUAUGGGAUCAGCACCAAGUACCGCCCAGGCCUUCUCCCUAGACACUUUCCACCAAGACCCAGUGGUGCUGGGUUGUCCUGAGCCCCACCACAAUACAGAGAAGAGAUGUUGCUUGCCCUCCAGCCCACUAGGUGAGCAGAGGCACUGUGUGGCUCGGGGUCUCUGUGGGUGGGAGUCUAGGUGAAGGUGGAAGGGCACCUGGGUCUUUGGAUCAGGGCCAAUGCCAGCGAGCCCUUUCCUUGUGGCCUCACUGCAGCCCUUGAAGCUGGGCCUCAGCUGCCUGGACUCCUACCUUGCCUCCCAAAGGAUUCUCUCCAGGGCCAGGAGCUAGGGAGAGGCCUCAUCUGUCCUCUGUCCCAGGCUAGACACCCACUGUCUGUCCUGCUUUCGUGUCGCCAUUUGAGCUUGCGCUGAGCCUGCCCGGUCAGACAAGGCUGGAUGUUUCCCCACCCGCUGCCUUCUGCUGCCCUGUCUCAGUCCCAUUCUGCCCCUGAAACGUGUGCCCCUGCCAAGGCCGGAGACCCACAGCCCCAAAACAAGAAGUGCCCUUACGACCCCGCCCCUGCCCGGCAGCCUUGGAAUAAAUUUUGCCAUUAGUUUCCAGCCA